CAGCUGUGGUUGGGUUUGGUGGAUCUUGGAAUUUAGAGAAUGGCUCGAGCAGGAGGCAUCACCAACGCCGUGAAUGUCGGAAUCGCCGUCCAAGCUGACUGGGAAAACCGCGAGUUCAUCUCCCAUAUUUCUCUCAACGUUCGCCGCCUCUUCGAUUUCCUCGUCCAAUUCGAGGCGACAACAAAGAGCAAAUUGGCAUCUCUGAAUGAGAAGCUUGAUACCUUGGAACGGAAGCUAGAGCUCCUUGAAGUUCAAGUGGGUUCUGCAUCAGCUAACCCUUCUCUUUUUGCUCGUGAUGUUUAAGGGGGAUCAUGCCAUUGUUUUAGUAUCCGUGUAAGCAUCCUCUUGUCUAUAGUUUGAACAUGAACAUAUUUCUCUUGUGUUGUAAACGAGUUCCAAAGUAACAUAUGUUUUGAUGCUGUAUUUUGAGUUAUAGAAACCUUUCCUGUCAUGUGACAUGUUGUGGAGACACAAUUGAAGCAGAGUAUGCUAUGCAGCUCUGUACUUAAGGUGUCCUAUUUUAACUUGGGAAUCUAGGCUA